AUGGAUUUCGAGAAGCUUGCUAUUAGCGAGCGCAAGAUCAUCGUCGGCAUCGACUUUGGCACCACUUACUCCGGUGUUGCUUGGGCGGAAACACAACGUCCCGAUCGCCGGACCACCAUCACUUCAUGGCCCGUCAGCAAGACCAUCCGAGAGGGCGAGUCCUCUGAUAAGGUACCGACAAAACUGCGGUACACGAAGGGGGAUGUCCAGUGGGGAUUCUCGAUCCCCGUCACCGCACCGCAGAAUGAGGUCGUGGAGUGGUUUAAGCUUGACAUCGACCCGACGUUGCAAGAUAUGGGAAAUACUGUGGCGAAGGAAGCCCGUGCCGGCCGCAGUGUCGAUGAGCUUGUCACUGAUUUCAUCUCGGCCCUGGGCGAGCAUCUUCGCUACACGCUGCAAGCAAAGCUAGGCGGGCACAUUGUCAGCACUAUUCCGCUGGAGUUUUGCGUCACUGUUCCAGCCAUCUGGUCCGACCUGGCAAAGGACAAGACAAGACAGGCUUGCCAGAAAGCUCCUGGUCUGGUCGCCACGCGAUCACCAAUUCACCUGGUCUCCGAACCAGAAGCUGCUGCCAUAUAUGCACUGCAUGGCCUUGAUCCACAUGGCCUCCAGGUAGGCGAUACGAUUGUCGUCGUGGAUGCUGGUGGAGGCACGGUGGAUCUGAUUUCAUACACGAUCACCAGACUGAAGCCUAUUUUGGAGGUCCAAGAAGCUGCGCCUGGAUCUGGAGCGCUUUGCGGAUCGACGUUCCUGAACUUGCGCUUCAGGAAAUUCCUCACAUCAAAAUUAGGCAGCGAAGAAGGUUUCGAUGACGAGGUUCUUGCAGAAGCCUUGGAUGUGUUUGAGAAGAAGUUCACCAUGCAAGCUGGUCCCGGCGACACAUUCAUCGUCCCCGUUGGCGGCCUUGCCAAUAACAAGGAACUCGGUAUUAGCCGCGGCCGCUUUUCGCUGAAGGUGGCCGACCUGCAGACCAUCUUCGAGCCGGUCAUCCUCGAGUGCAUCAAGCUCGUCAGCGCCCAAAUCGCCGCCUCGGGUGUUCCCAUCAGCGCAGUCCUUCUUGUCGGCGGCUUCGGCGCCUCCAACUACCUCAAGGAGCGCAUCCGCAACGCCAUCGAUCGCAAGAUUCAGAUCCUUCAGCCCCCGAACGCCUGGCAAGCUGUCGUUCAAGGUGCUGUUAUGAAGGGCCUCGCCCAGGCCUCUCCCAGCCAGCUCACGCAAGUGCGCAUCCAAAACCGCAGAGCCCGCAAGCACUACGGCACGCAGUGGCGCACGCGGUACGAAGAGAGACAGCACGGUCACCUCCGCGACAAGCGUCAUUGGUGCGGCCUCGACGGUUGCUACAAAGUCUACACGAUGGAGUACAUGGUUCGAAGGGGCGAUGCCGUGUCCGAGACGGACGCAUACUACGUCUCGUUUGUGUGGACGGGCCUUGUGAGCCAGGGGCGCAUCAAGAAGGUCAAAAUGGACAUCUACGCCGACGGCACGUCCUCCGUUGCGCCAGUUGCGCGCAACGACAACACGAAGCUGCUCUGCCAUGUCGAGGCCGACGUAAGCCACAUCCCCGAGUCGCAACUCGAUCGCCGGCAAGGCAAUGACGGCGAGGCAUACUACGAGCUUGAGUGCAAGAUUGAGGCCAGGUUCCACUCGGCAUCAACUGAGUACACUCUGUUGUACAACAACCAGCGAUACAACACCGUCACUGCAGAGUAUGUAUAG